CCUCCUGGACCCGGUCCCCUGUUUGACCCGGUCCCCCACCCUAGGACCAGCCAUGGAGGAGUGGAGACAAUGCGGGAGGUGGUUGAUCGACUGCAAGGUUCUACCCCCGAACCACCGGGUCGUGUGGCCCUCGGCCGCCGUCUUCGACCUGGCCCAGGCCCUGAGGGACGGAGUGCUGCUGUGCCAGAUGUUGCACAACCUCUCCCCGGGGUCAGUGGACCUGAAGGAGAUCAACUUCAGACCCCAGAUGUCCCAGUUCCUGUGCUUGAAGAACAUCCGGACAUUCCUCAAGGUUUGCCACGACAAGUUCGGCCUGCGCAACAGUGAGCUGUUCGACCCCUUCGACCUCUUCGACGUCAGAGACUUCGGCAAAGUGAUCUCUGCUCUAUCGAGGAUCUCCCAACACAGCAUCGCACAGAUUAAAGGCAUCAGGCCUUUUCCGUCGGAGGACACAGCUCUGAAUGAGGAUGAUGUGUACCGGAGCCUUGAGGAGCUGGCAGAUGAACAUGACUUGGGCGAGGACGACAUCUAUGACUGCGUCCCGUGUGACGACGAUGGGGACGACAUCUAUGAGGACAUUAUUAAGGUGGAAGUACGACAACCCAUGAUCAGAUACAUGCAGAAGAUGGGAAUGACGGAAGAAGACAAGAGGAACUGCUGCUUGGUGGAGAUCCAGGAGACGGAGGCAAAGUACUACAAGACUCUGGAGGACAUAGAGAAGAACUACAUGAUCCCUCUCAAGCAAGUGUUGAGUCCGCAGGACAUGGAGGCGAUCUUUGUCAACCUCGAGGAUGUGAUCCGAGUCCACUUUGCUCUGCUGCGAGGCAUCGACCUGAACAUGGUCACAGGAGGAAGUGGCCUCGGGAAGAUCUUCCUGGACUUCAAGGAAAGGUUGUUGAUCUAUGGGAAGUACUGCAGUCUCAUGGAAAACGCCCAGAAGACACUGGAUGAGCUAAUAGCGACGCGGGAGGACGUCAAGAUUAAAGUGGAGGAAUGUACCCUGAAGGUGCAGGAGGGGAAGUUCAAGCUGCAGGAUCUUCUGGUGGUUCCCAUGCAGAGGGUUCUCAAGUAUCACCUACUACUGAAGGAACUUUUAAGUCAUUCCGCUGACCGUCCGGAGAGGCAACAGCUCAAAGAGGCACUGGAAGCGAUGCAGGACUUGGCCAUGUACAUCAACGAAGUGAAGCGGGACAACGAGACGCUGAAGAAAAUCGGUGAAUUCCAAAACUCUAUCGAGAAUCUUCAGGUGAAGCUGGAGGAGUACGGGAGGCCAAAGAUCGACGGAGAGCUGAAGGUUUGCUCCAUCGUCAACCGGACCAAACAGGACCGGUACAUCUUCCUGUUUGAUAAAGUGGUGAUUGUCUGCAAGAGGAAAGGUUACAGCUACGAGCUCAAGGAGAUCAUCGAGCUGCAGUCGUAUAAAAUGUCCGACGACCCCAUGAACAACCGAGACGUGAAGAAGUCAAGUGGAAAAAUGUGGUCGUACGGCUUCUACCUGAUCCACCUGCAGGGCAAGCAGGGCUUCCAGUUCUUCUGCAAGACCGAGGACACAAAGAGGAAGUGGAUGGAGCAGUUUGAAAUGGCCAUGUCCAACAUCAAGCCGGAGAGAGCCACGGCCAAUCAGCACAACUUCCAGAUGCACACGUUUGACAAGAACACCAACUGUCGAGCCUGCAAGAUGCUGCUGAGGGGCAUCUUCUAUCAGGGCUACUACUGCUCUCACUGUGGAACAGGAGCACAUAAAGAGUGUCUGGAAGUCAUCACCAUCUGUAAAAUCAGUAGCACGAAUCCAUGCUUGUGUUUUCCAGGUCCCAAAAUGGUGGCCGUGAGGAACUACCACGGCACGCCGACGCCUCCGGGGAAGACGGCGCUGAGUUUCCAGACGGGGGAUUUCAUCGAGCUGCUGAAGGGAGACCCGGACUCGACGUGGUGGGAGGGGAAACUGAUACAAACACAGAAGAGCGGCUUCUUUCCCAGUUCGUGUGUAAAACCUUGUUUGGACCCGAAGCCCUUCCAGGCGCUAUCGAGCCGGCAGACCUCCAGGGAAUCAGACUACUACGGUUAUCCUUGGUUCGCCGGGAACAUGGAGCGCCAGCAGGCCGACAACCUGCUGAAGUCCCACUGCAGCGGGACCUACCUCAUCAGGGAGAGGACCGCCGAGGCCGAGAGGUUCGCCAUCAGCAUCAAAUUCAAUGAUGAAGUGAAGCACAUUAAAGUCGUUGAAAAAGACAACUGGAUUCACAUCACCGAGGCCAAGAAGUUCGAGAGUCUACUGGAGCUGGUGGAGUACUAUCAGGCCCAUUCGCUAAAAGAAAGCUUCAAGCUGUUAGAUACCACGUUGCGAUACCCGUACAAGUCGAGAGAACGCUCGCUCACACGGGCCAGCACACGCUCUCCAGCCUCCUGCGCCUCCUACAACUUCUCCUUCCUCAGUCCACAAGGCCUCAACUUCUCCUCAACUCAGACCUCAGCUCCCUUUUGGUCAGUGUUCACUCCGCGGGUGGUCAGCUCGGCCGUGGCCCGGUAUAACUUUGCGGCGCGGGACAUGAGGGAGCUGUCGCUGCGGGAAGGAGACGUCGUGAAAAUCUACAGCAAGAUCGGAGGAGACCAGGGCUGGUGGAAGGGAGAGGCCAACGGACGAAUCGGAUGGUUUCCUUCCACCUACGUGGAUGAGGAGGGGGGGCAGUAAAGCCGGGAUGUUUCGCCGGCCUGGAUCCUUCUUUCAAAUCAGGAACCAUCUUCUACCUUCUGUUCUCAGAGGAAAUGACUCUCCCCAGGAAAAGGACACGAGGAACAAAAGAACUUCUUCUUUUUUGCUGUUUCUUUUUCCCGCUGGAUCCUCGUGUCCCAGCUUCUCUUUCUUCGAUUAUGCAUCAGCUUUGCUUUUCGGGUUUUCUUCUUUUCUCGGGACGUCCUGUUUAAACUCGUGUACAGGAAGGAAGAGAGAGAGUGUUUGUCUCGAUUGAACUCGGACGCUGCACAGACGGACGAUUUGGAAAAGCUUUACUAUGAAAAAGGACGGCCCCUUUUUGUUGCAGGUCUAUUGUGACGUGAAAUAAUUGUACAGUAUAGAUAAUUUAUUGAAUAGAGAUUAUUAUCAUUACGGAUGAUUAUUGUGGGGGACGUUGAUUUUAGCAGCAGCAAAAGAAUCAGAUGAGAGAAACAAAAAAUGAGAAAGACAAAAAAACAAAGAGACAGACUGACGGACGGACGCUCUGUUUUCAUGUGGAGAGAUUUUUUGCCUUAGUUGUCAUGGUGAUGCCUUGUGGGCUGACACCAGUGGAGGGAAUCAACUUUGUUUUUA